AUCGAAUGUCUUCUGCUUCUUCUUCUUCUUCUUCUUUUUCUUCUUCUUCUUCUUCUUCUUGUUCUACUACUUCUUCUUGUUCUACUACUUCUUCUGCUUCUGCUGCCGCAUUUGGUUCUCCCAAACAAGGAGGAAAUGCCCGUCACGGCUACUCCCCGAUGAACUCUGGAACUAGGCUCACGCGAUGGGGCGUCGAGCAUACCUGAAUCGGCUGGCUUUGGGCCGGUCUCCUUACGAAGCUCCCGAACGCCCUGCAGGUUCUGCAGUGGACUCAGGAAAUGCUACGCAGCAGACAGUAUCAGGCGUACAUGCGGACGGAUAUGUCCAGCAUUACGAUGAAAGGGGCCAUCCUGUUAACCCAGAAUCCAAGUCGUUUGGCAAGGAACUCCGCAGGGCAAAGAAUGAUAUCCUUUCCACGAUGGGAAUUGUCGUCAGCGAAGAUGGCAACGUGGGUGGUCUUGAUGAACAGCAGAAGCUUGAUAUCAUAGCUGCCGAGAACGACUAUGGCUUGGUCAUGGCCACUCUGGACCAGGUUUCGGUUUUCCUAGGCUCAUGGUGGACCUCAUCCCUCUUGGGUAGAAUACAGACAUUCAAGAGCUACACUCGCCUUCCCCUGUUAAGUAUUGUACGCCUUGAACGCCCAGCUUACGGGGUUUUGGGUUUUUACUUCGCCGGAAUUCCGGCAUGGGCAGUGUCCACCUGCAUUUCUUUCUGUCGCCAUCAUCCUCUAGAACGUUUGAUUGCUUCCUUUGAAAAUCAGUUCCCGAACAAUGAUGUGGGUUCAAAGCUUGUGCGAGCAUUACUAAAUGUUUUACACUCAUCGGCAAGAGGGACAUUACUGGUUCUGGCGAUACAGACGUACAUGUAUUCUGUCUUACAAUCCCUUCACAUCGUCCCCGCCUACUCUAUGCCUGGAAUUCGCUUCUUUCUGCCAUUCGGAGAGCUGGCUUCAAUGCAAUUGUCAGAGUUGCCCACUAAUCUCUCGAUUGGAUCCCUUGGCGGAUUCUUCUUGAGCCUCCUGAAAACGCCGUCUGUACUCGUCUACCUAUCUGUAUAUCUACGCCCAGUAUUCGAAAUAAGACUCUAUCGGUUCAUUCGGCGCAGACUGCCGAAACCUAUCUAUGCGGACGCUCUUUCUGUCAAAGUGGCGUACGACAAUGAUCUUAUCGAUUGGAUGAUGCCUUCUAUUGGGCGCCGGGCAGAGGAAGAAAACAUCCGCGGCAGUCUUCCCUUCACAGAAGACUUGAUGUAUGAGGUCAAUUUUCUCCGAUCCUGGGUACUAUCCUGGUUCGGCUUCAAGUCAUUGCGAACGGCACGAGCGUCAGAGCAAGCGGCAGAUGCUCGCCGUAGGCAAGAAUGGUUAGAGUCCCUGCCUCAAAGCAUAGAACAAUUGCAGCAUGAACGUCAGUCCCGAACCCAUCGACCACGAAGACGGUCGGCCGACCCUCCGCUUAUAGAGGGCCAAUUGGAUCAUGACCCAGCCGGUUCCAGUUCCCCAAAUCGACGCUCCAUCGGUCAAACUCCAGACCUAGAUGUUGAUUUCCCGGUCAAUCAAGUCCUUGCGAAUGAAGAGAAUCGUAUGUCGCAGUCACCAACUGAAAUGAGUAGCGGGGAUCUCGCAGAAAUGGCUCCUCUGCGACGGGCAACAACCUUGCUGCCACUAGACGACAACUCGUCAACUUUACCGAACGCAGAGUCACAGCACGGUGCUACAAAUGAGACUCACCGGAACUCACGGUCUAACACACUUUUCUCCCGUCCAUCAUCACCGGCAACCUCUUCCCCAACUUCACCCCGAGUCCGGGCUUCGUUGAUUCAUCAAAAUUCAGAUGUUAUUACCAUGCAACUGGAGCUGCUGGGGAACCGUCACACACAGAACCAGGGACAGGCAAAUACAAGGCCGGAUAACAAUACCGGACCACUGCCUUCCAACGGUGAAACGGCGGAUGGGCAAACGAUCUCCGAAUUUCUUGAUAAUCUUCUGUCCAACCAGGGUCGGCAUCUGACUACUGUUGUCAACUCGGAUAACAUGAAUAGUGAUGGACUCUCUGAAAUAACCACGAGUGCAUCACCUAGGCCAGUGGACGACGUUGCUCCUGACUCUCAGAGUCAAUUGCAGAGUCUGAGAGCGGAACGGCCAUCUGCUGAGGCAUCUGCAUCGGAUCCAGUCAAUAUAUUGCCUGAAAGCAUAGAAGAACCGACACAAGGGGAUACACUCCAUCAGGCUUCUGAAGCAGAACCAGCCCACGAGAAUGACUUUGAUUCCGAGAUAUUCCCUCACAUCUCCGACCCCAAUAUUCGCCAAAACAUGGCAACUAGUCCCUCAGCGACUGCACAUCGAGUUACUAUCCUGUCCUCUCACCCUGUUGAUUCUCUAGCAUCACAUCUUGCGUCUAUAAUCACUAAUGUGAUGUUCAUCCCUCUCGAGUCUCUCUACUUGCGGUCCCUUGCUACGUCAUAUCUGCAGUCUACUCGUGCUCCUGUCGCUCUUCGGGCUGAUGUCCGGGCGAUGGGAGAUUGGGGAUGGAGCCCACGAUCUGAUAUUUUUGCAUACCUGGGCAAGAUUGCUCUUAUCAUGGGGAUUCAGGUUGCAGUAAACGCCAGUGUAUGGGGUGUAAUAUCUGGCGGCGCUAUGAAGAUUGGAAAAAGGUUCUGCGGCUGGGGAUCACUGUGAGCAUGUUUUCUCAAUCAUCUAGCAGCUGAAACACUCCAGCUCGUUUAAUAUCAGCUACUGGUUCUCGUUAUCCAACAGUAUGGCUUUGCGCGACCGGCACCAUUUAAUUUUCUUCGCAUAUAUUACACAACAUAAUGAACAUCUCAAGCCAAAAGUUAUUCUCUUGUGAAUUUUACAUAAUUCCGAUGGCCGAAAGGGACAAUGGCGUCAAUCAUGUUGCUCGUGUACUACUAUAAUGAUGGCU